AUGAUCGAUGGCAAGACCUGCAACGAGACAUUUCAUUCGAUCAAUGACGUAGUAAUCCACGUGACGUUGGAUCACGUGGGCGGGCCCGACCAGACGGACCACACAUGUUACUGGAGGGAAUGUCCGAGAAGCAAGAAGCCCUUCAAAGCUAAGUACAAACUGGUCAAUCAUCUGAGGGUCCACACCGGCGAACGACCCUUCGUUUGUCCCUUUCCAGAAUGCUCCAAAAUUUUUGCCCGAUCGGAAAACCUCAAAAUCCACAAAAGAACUCACACGGGUGAGAAGCCAUUUGUAUGCGACUUUGAAGGUUGUGGCAGGAGGUUCGCCAACAGUUCUGACAGGAAGAAGCAUACAUUAGUGCACACCACCGACAAACCGUACGUUUGCAAAUAUGAAUCCUGUGAGAAAAGUUACACGCAUCCAUCGUCGCUCAGGAAACACUUGAAAACACACAGCCGACAGUCACAUUCCAGCGGCCAAAAUGAUCACAUCGACGAGAACUCCGUCUCACCAGCCACAAACCAUCUAACAAACAACCACCAAACUGAAGAGAACAUCAGCAGCUUAACUGAGAUGGAGCUGUCGACACAAAGCGAUGACACGACAAACCACAAAACUUCAAUUCAACGACAGUACAGCCAAUCGUCCGAAUAUACCUCAGACAAUGUACUGAACCAAUACACAAACUCGACCGGUACUGCGACUUGCAAGAAAUCUCUAUGCACCGACAACCCACAGGUAACUGAUCGACAACAGACCACGAAUCAUUUCGUCAGCGGAGACCUAGGCACCCCCUACUCUUCACUGCAGGAUGCCAGCGGCUUGUACAACCCACUGAUGAACAUCAACUUUUUCCCACCGACUUACAUUUAA